AGCCAACAACUUCCGGCGACGGAUGUCCAAACUCGGGGAAGUCUCCCAGAAACUGCGCGGCUCUGUCGGCCAGAUGCACCGGAUGGAGUUGCUCGGCUCCAGGCGGCGAGCUCUCCUCAGAAGCGGCCCCGUCCGAGCAGCCCUCUCCCACGCAUGCCCUCGCUCGGACCCUGGGUCUGAUCCGCAGCGGAAGCCUGCACUCCAACCCCUUGCAAUCCCGCGUGUGGUUGACGGACGUGGGGGGUCUCACGCAGUCCUCGUCCAUGCAUGCUGCGGCGGGACGGACUUCCGCUGCGGUACCCAAGUGCCGCGCCGGUCUGGACGACCUGCUGCCGGGGCAGUGGUCGCCGGUGCACGGUCUCGGGUCUCCGGUCUGGGAGCAGUGGGUCCCAAUGCAGAUGUCAGCGCGUACUGACGCCAGUAGAAUAAGCAGCACUGAUGAUGGCAACAACAUCUUGCAAUACUGCUUUCGAAUCUCGCAUCCCCGCCGCCUUUCGUGCACGCCAGACCCACUCUGAGCUGGCCGGAGCUCAGUCCUCCACGUCGGGAUGUGAUGACGGCAUUCCAGAAACUUCAUUAGCGUCAGUCAGCAUGUUGAGACAGCUGCUGGUCGUCAAGCCGGGAGACGGCGGUGUUGUGCUGGCCUUCCUUGUCAACACCGAGUGAGAACACUCUAUGGACACAGCCAACACAAGUCGUCCAACGAUGGCACAAGGAUGGAAUGCAAAGAUGGGACGCCGCUCUACUUUGUGAGCUUUUCUGGAACCGUGCUUGGGGGAGAUGGACGACAUUGAUGCCAUGUUCAGUGACCUGCUGGGGGAGAUGGACCUCCUGACUCAGAGUCUUGAACAGGAAGCAGCCCCACCUGCCCCCUUGCCAAACGCUUACCAGGAAGUCAACCUCUCCAUCAGCUUCACGGACCUUAACGAGUCCCUCAAUGAGCUGGAGGACAACGACCUGGACGCCCUCAUGGCCGACCUGGUGGCCGACCUUAACGCCACCGAGGAGAAACUGGCAGCAGAAAUCGAGGGUCUGAAGGCACCGUCGCCGGAGCCCCCGCCUAAGGACUUGGGCACCCGCCCGCCGUCCUCCAUCAGUUCCAUGAGCAGCAACGUCAGCACACCGACCUCCUCCACCUCCUCACCUUUACCGCCUCCUCAAUCUGCUAAACCUUCUAUGGAGGAAAUUGAGGCCCAGGUAAAAGCAGACAAAAUCAAGAUGGCUCUUGAGAAGCUAAAAGAAGCUAAAGUCAAAAAGCUGGUGGUGAAGGUGCGCAUGAACGACGGCAGCUCCAAGACGCUGAUGGUGGACGAGAGGCAGAGCGUCCGCGAGGUCCUGGACAACCUCUUUGAGAAGACACACUGCGACUGUAACGUGGACUGGAGCUUGUGUGAGACCAACCCGGAGCUGCAACUCGAACGCACAUUUGAGGACCAUGAAAACUUGGUGGAGCCUCUCUUGGCGUGGACGAGGGACACUGAGAACCAAAUCCUCUUUCAAGAGCGGGAAGAGAAGUACGAGGUCUUCAAAAACCCUCAGAUGUUCUACUUGUGGAAGAAGGACAAGAAGACCAUAAAAGACAUGAAAAACAAAGACAAAGAGAUCUUGAUAAAGGAGAACUUCUGCGGGACGUCUAUCAUCGUGCCCGACCUGGAGGGGGUUCUUCACCUCAAAGAAGACGGCAAAAAGUCGUGGAAGCAGCGUCUUUUCCAGCUAAGAGCCUCUGGGAUUUAUUACGUACCCAAAGGCAAGACAAAGUCUUCGCGUGAUCUGGUCUGCUUUGUGCAGUUUGACAACAUCAACGUGUACUACGGCAAAGACUUCAGGGCCAAAUACAAAUCACCUACAGACUUCUGCUUUGUACUCAAACAUCCUCAAAUCCAGAAGGACUCUGAGUACAUCAAAUACAUGUGCUGUGACGACGCUUGGACCAUGAACCUCUGGGUGACUGGAAUACGUGUCGCAAAGUACGGCACCUCUUUGUAUGACAACUACAAAGUCGCAGAGAAGAAGGUGGUCAUGGGUUCUGUGUGGGCCAAAUGCAGCAUUCCAUCAAGCUCCAGUCCAUCCACACAAAACACAUUAUCUAGCCAGGUGGCCAAUGGGCACAGUGCCACACAUCAAUCCAUUUCCAAGGACAACGCUCUGCCCGUACCACCACCUCCACCUCCUCCUCCACCAGCAAACCUUGAUGUUCCUUGUCCACCGCCGCCACCUCCCCUACUAGCGGCUAAGAUAUCCUCCAAACCUUCCCCUCAGCAACGACAUCUACCCACCAACUUUCCUCCACCUCCCCCUGCCAUAGUUAACCUUCCUCCUCCACCCAUCGAGGACACCUCAGAGGCUCCACCGGACUUCCUCCCACCACCUCCUCCGGCUCCUGGCGCCGGUCAGCUGCCUCCUCCUCCUCCUCCGCCCAUCAACACUUUUCUUCCUCCUCCUCCGCCUAUCAAGACUCUUCCUCCACCCAUCAACACUUUUCUUCCUCCUCCUCCGCCCAUCAAGACUCUUCCUCCACCCAUCAACACUUUUCUUCCUCCUCCUCCGCCCAUCAAGACUCUUCCUCCACCCAUCAACACUUUUCUUCCUCCUCCGCCCAUCAACACUAUUCCUCCACGCAUCAAGACUCCUCUUCCUCCUCCUCCUCCUCCUAUUAACACUCUUCCUCCACCUAGUUUCAAGGCAAUAGACCUGCCUCCACCACCACCAGAUCCUGGCUUUUUACCCCCACCGCCACUCACCGGAGGACUUCCACCACCUCCACCACCGCCUCCGACAACAUCAGUCAACCCGACGAGAGUCCCACUGAAACCUUCUGGAUCAUUGAAGAAGGUACCUCCUCGUCCACCAAAGAGGACUACACCCUCACUGCAUGGAGGAGGAGGAGGUGGUGGAGAUUUUAUGUCAGAACUGAUGCUUGCUAUGCAGAAGAAGCACCCUUAGCCUGAUGACUUAAUGUUUACAAUUUGGGGCCAUCUUGACUUGCAAAGCUAAACUGAUGCAAAUUGUUCAUUGAAACAUUUGCAAAGGUUUGUAAAUAUUCAUAUUUGAAUGAUUAUUACAAAAACAUUUUGUAAAUAACUUGAAUUUUAAUUCAAUGUCUAAAUCUAGAAAUAAUGUAAUUAUGUAAUUAGACUCAAGCUUGUACUAACAUUAUUUAAUGUAAAUUAAUUGAGGUAAAUAAUUAGGACAAGUGACAGCAAAACAUUUAACUAUAAUACAAUUAUUUCAAAAUGUAAUACAAUAAUUCAUUUUUAAGAUGAAUAAAGAUCUAAUGUAAAGCCUACAUCAAACGUUUCAGUAGAUUGUGUAUUUCUCUUACUUUGGCAAGUUGGCGCUUAGGGGAGACCACUCACGAAGAGCAGCUGACCUUUAACGUCUGGGCCCACUUAGGAGGUCUCCCUGCAUAGCCUGCAGCCUCUGCUGAGCUUUGAAUGAUGAACGGAGAUGAAAGGAUAUGGUGAAGCAGCUCCACCUAGCGGGCAGAAUGACUAAAUGAAUACAAUACAUAAAAAGCCAGCGUACUGAUGUUUACCUCUGAAAAAUCAUUCCUCUCUGCUUUCCUGAUGGCUGACUCUGCCAUCCAGUUCCUCAGCACAUAUCGUGGGUUCACGCCUGCAAGUACACAACAUUCUGCUUUGCGUGUUCAUUUUGCAGAAUUGCUAAACCAUACGUAAUUGGCCUCUUGUUAUGAUACAUCAGCGUAUCCGCAAUAGUGGGUGUGGCAGAUCGGCCUUGUAAAGAAAGCCUUGUCAGUCUUAGCUGUGAAAGGUAAUCCAAGACGAUGUGUUUGACUGUAAAUUGUUGGUACAAAUCCAUGCAGCGCAUGGAUUAAGCAUUUUCUAUGUUCUUGACGUAUUAAAUGCAAUGUGUAUA